AAAAAAUUUUGAUAUAUUAUAUAGAUUUAAAUAUUUGCUAAAAAUGUGGUAUAAUGCUUUGAUACCAUUAGGUAUAAUAGCAGUACUUACACCAUUACCUGCUUACGUUACACCAUACAUAACUAAGCUUUUUGUCGGGAACCGAAAUGGAAGAUUCUACAAUAACAAUCUAUUUGAGAAAGUGGGAUAUGUUAGAGACUAUGAAUUAGGCGGUAAACAAAUUUGGAAGUUUAAUGGUUUGGAAGUCAUUCCUGACAAAUAGAGUCAUAUAUAUGCCAGUACUGUAUUAGUCUAUCUUUAUUACCUUGGUAAAUGUACUAUAUGUAAAUAUAACAUUAUAAUAUAUAUAGCGAAAGAAUGAUUUUCAGUAUUAAUCUCACAACUGUCCCUACUAGAAAAACUUAUUUAACAGAAAAAGUACUAUUUUUAUGCUUUUAAUAUAAUUAUUAUUUAGAAAUUUCAAAAAUAUCAAUAUAACUAAAACUAUAAACUCGGAGGUUAAAUUUAAUUAUUACUUAUAAUUUCGAGAAUAUAAUUUUUAACAGAGAUUUCAGUGAUAAGUUAUUGUUGCAUUGUUAUAAUAAUAAAAAAAAAGCAAUCGACAUGAGUAGAUCUAUGUGUACAAAUAAAAUAUUAUUUAGUAUAAAAAAAAAAGCAAUUUAAUCUACUCUUGAAUAUAUUUUAUUCAAGAUGUUAUAUUUUUGUCAAAGAAAGUAAAGGCUUUAUAACUGUAACGCAAUCGUUUCAAGAAUCAUAUCGUAUAUUCCAUAAUCCGCUUUUGCAUUGAAAACUUUGCUUCGAGAGCAACGGUUACACAACAAAAGGCUUGUAUAUUUUCGGUCGUCGAGUAUUUGGAAUAAAACAUAAAGUCGAAUGGAAAAUUGAUAACUUCAAAGUAGGUCUGUUGAAAGAAAUGUUUUGCUUUUGUGCACAGUCAAAGCAAGCAACCUCCUCUGGUUGUCAAAUUGCGAACUUGUCGAGAAAGGAGGAAAUAUUUGUCAGCUUCAUGGAAAUUCUUAUUUUCUUCGUGUGAAACAUAUUUUCACUAUUCAUUUCCAAUAUGCUUGGCGAAAAAAAGUUCCAGGUGUUUUAAACGACGAUGUUCUUUGUUUUCAUUAUUGUAGUUUGAAACCCCUCGAAAAUACAUAAGAUCGGCCCCUAUGCGUAGACAGAGAUAACGAACAAUAGACAGCCGAGGGAAGUCUUUGAACUGGGGACUUAAAAUCGUUAUAGGUGUUCACACAUAUAUAUUACACACACGCGCGUUUCUUUACGAGAAACGAUGAUAAAAAAAGGGGCAAAUGAAAUUAAUGAUGAUUAUCAUUGGGCUAAUUAAGUUUGACAUUCGAUUCUAAAUAUCUUUAUUUAAAAAAAAUUAUCUAAUCAAUAAACACGUGCGAAAGAUAUGACAAUGUAUCGAUCAUUACAUUUUGCUCAAGGAAUACAAGAUUAUAACAGAUAAAAUAAAGGAGAUAUCGGUUGAAAUAUAACGCUGUUGUAUCGAGAUAUCGAUUGCGAGAACACGACGGAGUACGAUCUUUACUUGGAGAUAAAAGCACUUAAAGUGACUAGGUACUUCGGUCUAAUAUAUCUUGAAAGUUUCCAGAUCCGGUCACGAAAUCAGAAUUUACCGAAUUUCUGCUCUUCAUGCCCGCUAAAUUUAUCCGAAGAUCUUUCCGAUCGAUCUUUCGCUAAUCUUUCAGUUUCAAAGAUUAAUCACCCGAGCCUAAAUGCCCUCGAGCUCACUUAUGAUUUUUGACGUGUCAGGCGAUGGCAAUUUCUUUUGUCCCGUAUUGUACCGUCACCUAGAAGGUUAAUUACCUGCCAGCUUUUAUCCGCAGCACAAGGCAUGCCUUCAAUUUCAGCCGCAAUCACGGGAAAACCGAAGGGAAAAUCGGUCCUCCCCGAGAUAUCGGCCGGCAGCCUUUGGCUUAGCUUUAAAUCGGUCUUCGGUCUGAACGGGCGACCUCACAGUCGAGUGCGAGACGUCGCGCAAGUAACAUCGUGUUCCAUGUCGCGUCCUCUUUCCUCAACGAAUUUUCGUUCGAUUUUUCAACGAUCAUCCUUCGAAAUUAUUAUUACCGCGCGAUUUCGAUACUCCUUGAACGUUCCGAGAACGAUCGAAAAAUACAUAACGUAUAAACGAACAGCUAAUUUGUUUACGCGGGAAUUUUCAGAUAAACGGGGUCGAACUGCAAACACGUUUGUGUUCGAUAUAUUAGACCUUUCGAGCCCUAAGGACGAAUACUUACAUAAAAGCGACGGCCCGGCCGGUACGGAAAACUGGGAAACAUUUUCGGACUGUCUUCUUUCGAAUAGCCAAGAAGCGCGUGGGUAGACCUACCGCAACAAGUCUUUUGAUAGCAUCGUUGCUGUUUUCCUUUCCCUCCUGCGAGUAUUAUCCUUUUCUGGUUCGUUAUACACAGACAUUAAUCGUUCCGUUGUAUAGUAAAGGAGAGCAGCCAAAUAGCAUAUUUAGUGAAAAGUGUACGGACAAAAGUUUUGGUCAGCGUUCACGGCCAACCUGUUAGUCAUGUGGGAACGGUAAAAACCGUUCAGGCAGGAACUCUGGAAGAGCAGUUUCUCGGAAACGGUCGUCAGAAUAGUAAUAACGAUGUAGUGAAACCUGCUUCUCGUCGCUGCACAAGGAUACGCGGUGUUUCAACGACCGUCCCUUUGAUCGUUCGUGCGUUGUGAUGUCUGCCGAUUUUACCAACGGUGCGUCCUUACGUGUACAUGCAAAAUGAUAUCCUACUCGAAAAUAUGUUUUCGCGAUUUUUCCAUCGCAACGUUCUGAGAUCAUUGGAAGGAAAAAGGAGAAGGAAGAAAGAGAAGAAAUUUCUAAGGCGAUAGGGACGAGUCGUUUGUUCGCGGGAUCAUGCAGCGAUUUUGGAACGUUUCCGGAGGAUGGAGCGACGGAAAGACAGGCAUGAGUGCAUUUCUGAUGAACGGGCUUCUAAUGCUGGGCUUCGUCGUAGCGACCAUGCGGGACACGAUGGCCUUUGGAUUUUCCGGGCCGACGCUAGUUAUGGAUCAGGACAUCCCUUCUAGGAUUUGCAAGUACAGCAGGGGGUACUCGAUGAUCCAAGUUCAUUGCAAGAAUUUAGGCCUCGAAUGGAUUCCUCCGAAUUUGAAGACGGAGAUUCAGGUGCUGGACGCGUCGGUGAACAGAGUGCGAGUGUUGACGAACGAUAGUCUGGCGGCGUACACGAAUCUUGCCUACGUUUAUCUGAGCGACAAUUUCAUCCAGGAGAUCCAGGAGGGAGCAUUCGAUAAUCUACGAUACCUGAGGGUGAUCGAUCUGUCGACAAACGGCUGCGAUACCCUUCCCAAGAGUCUCUUCCACUUACCGUAUCUGCAAAAGAUUUAUCUAGCCAAAAAUAGACUGAGCGACGACCUAUUCAAAAACAUGGAAGUGAAGUCUCCGUUGAUCUUCUUGCAACUAGCGAAGAACAGGCUUAACAAGAUACCACAACUGGGCGGCCCGCUUCCCACGCUGUUGCACCUGAACGUUUCGGGCAACAACAUUGCCUCUGUUUCUCCGGAGGAUUUGGCUUCCUACUGUUCUUUACAGAUCCUUGACUUAUCUAAAAACCCGAUCAAAUUCGACGCGAAUAGCUGCGAGUGCCAGACGUUGAACGCGUGGCUGCGCAUCCGCGGAAUUCAUUCGCGACCAGUCUACAAUUGCACCGAAGAGCACGAAAGGGGAUGCACGAAACCGGAGUUCAGCAAUAGAACCAUGGAACUGUACGAGCAGUGCUCGGAAAUACAGCGGUUGAAAGCGGAGACGGAAAAGGCCAGGAACACGUGGAUAUUGAUCGCCUGUUGCAUCUCUGGCUUCCUCUUCUGUCUGUUCAUUAGCUUGUUUUGGGUGCACAAGAGAAACAAGCGGAAGAAGAAGAAGCUGAAGGAAGAGCAGAGGCUAAACGCAAACAACGCAAAUACCGAGUUACUCAACAGUAAUUUAAACCAACCGGAAAACAACACUUGAAACCUGGCCAUAGCGUCUAGUUGUCAAGCAGAGGUACCUACGAUCGAUUCGAUUCCAUGUUCGAUCGACGAAAAACGAACAAAGUGAGAAACAGGAAGACGAGAAGCAGAUGUUAGUUCGUCUGGCCUUUAAAACAAAGAAAAAGACAUAUGUCGGAGCGAUUUUUUUUUUCUUCUUCUAGAUGUACACUGAUAUGUAUAAGGUGUUACGUGAGACCUCGAUCUUUCAUGAAUAUGAGAGUACCCCGUAACAAGUGUGAUCUAAUAAAGAACGGAAGCGAUAGCGAAAAAUGUAGUAGGUAGAAAAUGCGGAAGAAAUUACUUUUGCGAGGCUUCGCGUUCGAGGAAACCGAUACGAAAACUUGCUUCCAACGUACGUGGAUUCGCGAACGUGCAGAAGGAUUAAAACGGAUGUUGUCCCUGCUCGUAAUUCGCACAGGAUAACCUUGCGAUAAGUUAUACUAUGGGAAUAUUAGGUUGCAGAAAUUCGAUCGAACGCGCCGUGUAUUCGCCUGCGAAUUUCUAGUAUCAGUUUCCUGGAAUCUGUGAAGGCCUCGUUUCUAUGAGUUUCAUUCGGAAUUUGCGAGAUCGAUUUGCGAUCGGUUCGAAACAGCGAAGACGCCCCCAUCGAAAGAUUUCGAAUAUCGGACGGGGGAAGGGUAGAAUUAUUCAGAGGCACCUAAGUACUUACCAAUGUUCUUGCGAUCAUGGAAAUGCGUUAAGUCAUGAAAUUAAACUGUAACAAAUUUACAAGGACAAGAAAUUCGGGCGAGAGAACAAAAAAUCAAAUCACGAUUACGCACACAAUUAUUCCUACACACAAAAUAAAUAACCGUGCGAUCUCGGAUUAUUAUUAUCGUUAAUCUAUGAAUUUAAUCGAAAACCGAUAUCACGAAUUUCCGUCGUUUGUCCUGUUUCUACUACCUAACGUUAAACAACGACUCUGAUCGUCGUACGCGAUAUCAAAAUUUCGAUAUACAUACAUACGUGUUAUUAUUAUCGCAUAGUUGUUGAAGCUAAUGAAUGUUAUACAAUCGUAAAUCAGAUACGUAAGUUUUUGGAAAAUGAGAUUCGUAAAGUUCGAUAGAAGAUGUGUUUUCAAUUCAGACGCUUAAUUGACGCCUUGAUGAUAUAUACUACGUAUACGAUGUAAUUCUCAUCACACGCGUCUUUUAAACGGACUUCGUUUCAUCGCUUGAGAACGUAAUAUCGGUAUAAGCUAUAUUGUAUGUAUAUGUUGUGUGUGUGUGUGUGUGUACACACAUACACACACACAAUAUAUAUACUUAUAUACAAUUUUAUAUACAUACUUAUAUUGUAUGCACGAGCAAAUACAUAUGUGUAUGUAUGUAUGUAUAGUCAUGUUAAAUACUGCGUUUAUUGAUAUUUAACGAAAAAAAUAUUUUCUAUUAUUUUUAGGUUCAAGUUUUCAAAAGUAUUUAUGCCUUUUUUAACCUCAAAUAUAUUCACUAUAAUCGAAAAUUUGACAUAAUUUUAUGCUUUUUACAAAUAGUAGUGCCAAAUGUCGUCAAUGCAUUGUGUAUAAAUUUCCUAGUUUCAAGUACGGCGUACAAAGGGAAAAAGUAAAUGACAAAAAUACUAUGUUAUGUCCAGCUCUCUGAUACUAGCUCCUCGUAUUUGUACAAUUUCCUUAGUUAUUCUUUUUAACCGCAUAAAAUAGAUGAUAACAUUACCUGAACAAAGUUGUUGAACUUUUCGAGGAUUAGUAACAAUGAUGAAGAGACGAGGAACUAUGAAUAGCGAAAAAUCCGAGUCGAUAUAAGACGAGUAUAAGACCAAAUUUUGAACUAACAAUAAGUAAGAUACGAAGCUACAACCUGCCAAUCGAUAAAUGUUCUUUCUAUAUGUAUGCGUUAAGUAUUUAAACUAUACUUGUAAUACAUUUUUAUUGAAUUUUCUUUUACUUUCAAUACGUACGAUGAUAUAUUGUACAAAAGUGUUACCGACAGUUCGAUAAAUUCCAUGAAAUAAAACUUAACUCUAGUCGA